GUAACACUUCGAAUGUUGCAAUUUUUAUCAUUGAGUUUUCAUCUAGCUUUUCUCAACUUCCAUUUUCUUCUUUUUAUUUGCAGUCAUUCAUUUCAUUUAAUCUCUUUUUAGCCUAUCCUCACUAUUAUAAGCGUUUUUGGCUCCGCUUUUACCAUACUAUCAUUGUUAACUACUACUAACUACCAUGCCGUCUGCUACAAUAAGUCUCUAUGAAGAAAUGGAACAUGUACCUGAUGAACUCCGUCUUCAUCACUGUGCUAGUAUAUUAAGCUCAUCAGCCGCGUCAACAUCAAACGAUCUCGUUAUUCAGGCAUUGAAUUUUUUACGCCUUAGAGCCAUAAAACACUCAGAGACAGAGGCCAAAACAAAACUCAGCCUACUUUAUUUCCCAGCAAUCGAUGAUGUUAAAGCAAUAACUGAUACUGCACUCAUAAAGGCAGAUAAAACAGAAGCUGAUAUAUGGUCAAGGAGUGCGUUUGAUAAGCAGUUAUCUUAUGCGCUUCAACUGUGCGUAGUUCCAUUGACUACGAAUAAUGACUUAAGUUUGAUCCAUUAUCUAACACAGCAUACAACAACAAGCGCGAGUAACAGUAGCAGCAUGGUAGUUGAUCCAGCUUUAUACUUUUUGAUGGGACUUCUGUAUUCAAAAGGUAUUGGCUUCGUCCAGGAUGUUGGAAAAGGUCUAACUUGUUUGGAAGUUGCUGCCACUACUGGCUCUGAAGCGAAAAGCAAUAUUAUAGCUGCAGCAAGUUGCGAAUUAGGAAAGAUAUAUGGAGAUCGGUACGAAUACUCCCUGCACCAACCUUCAAAAUCUAUGUAUUGGUUUCGUAAGGCGUUUGAAUGUGGAUCAACACAAGCGGUAGUGGAUUUAGCGUAUGGGUUUUUUGAAGGCAUAUUCACAUCCUCACUCAUGGAGAAUGAAAAUGAAGAGAGUUGUAUUAGUUAUGAGAAUAAUAGCAAUAAGGAGGACGAUGAUAUGAAAGCACUUCGAUACGCUAGAGAAGGUGCAACCUUGCUCAAUGACCGAUAUUGCCAAUACAUUGUGGGUCAUCUCUGCUUGAAAGGCACACAAAAUGGGGUCAAAACCGAUACUCUAGAAGCUCUUUCGUGGCUACAUGCUUCUGCACAACAAGGUUUUGUUGUUGCGAUAGAAGAGGAAGCAUCUACUUAUAUAGCAAUUCAAGACUACAAGAAAGCGUAUGAGUGUUGUACACAAAAGUAUGCUAUGCAUAUACCUUUUUGUCAGGCAAAACUGGGCGACUUGUAUAGAAAUGGAUGGCAUGUAGAACAAGAUUAUCAUAAGGCCUUUGAGUACUACCAAAAUGCGGCAAGCCAUUCAGAAAUACCAUACCCUUACGCGCAACAUAUGCUAGGGAAAAUGUAAGCUCUUCCUAAUUCAUCAGGUUUUUAAAUGGAGAGGGUGUUCCCAAAGAUUUGGCAGUGGCAAGGGAAUGGUUUCAAAUUGCUUCUUCACAAGGAUACGAACCAUCACAACAAAAAUUAAUGGAGAUUUCACUAUCUUCAACACCUGCGAGUACGGCGCAGCGUUCAUUGACAGAAGAUCAUUCAGUAUCUCCACAACAGCAAAAGAGAUCAAGUAGAUG